AUGGCGGGAUACAAAGCCCCGCUGUACCUUCUAGACAACAGGGCUUCGACAACUGCGCCCUUCGCCCUGCUUGCGUAUCCGGAAGUGCCGUCCCACAACCACCCGCCCUUUUCGGGGGGGUUUGACCUGUUGCUGCCUUUCAGGCUACAAAAGCUCGCUAAUCCCUCCGUGCCUAAUUUUCACAUACCCUUUUCCUCCUUCCUCCUCACCACCACAAUUUUCCAAACUACAAUCAAGAAUCAUUCAGCCAUAGAGCCCCGCCAAAAUGCGUUAAAUCAUCGUCUUCAGUUCGAUCCCGCUUCAAAGCUCAACAAAAUUCAGUCUACAACAAUUCACGACUUUUCUCCGCUCUUCACUUCAGCUCAACCUUCCCAGGUCGACCUGAACUACACUACGGCUUCCAGCUCUAGCUUAAGUUCCGCCUCCGCCAACAUUCUACCUCGAGACUUUUCAGUCUUCACAACGGAUUCCCAAUCAUCAUGGCUUCCCUCCAGUUCACCCAGCCUGCCGGCACAACCCGCGCAACAGCCUCAGUUCAGCCCACCGGAACAGUCUCCCCAGCAGGACUUCGUCUUGUUCGAUCAGCCUCGUACCAGUCAACCUAGACACUUGGCAACCCAUACCGCCAUCGGUUUGAACCAACGUCGCCACUCGUCAUAUCAUCUCCGACAGAACCAACAAGGUCGCGUCCAUUUUCAACAGAAGCAUCGUCUUGCUCAGAUCCAAGCUUCCGGAUCUAAUUCCCGGUCACCUUCAGUGAGCUCCCCCGCUCAGUCAGCUCAAUUCUACGCUUCAUCCGCUCCGUCGUCUUCAGCUGCUCUGAACCGCCGUCAGCGUCCUCCUGUACCAUUGUUCGCUCAAAGUACUCAGGGCGUAACCAACAAGAUGGAUAUUCAAGGUAAACCGCUCACACUCUGGUCUCGCCCAGGACUGUGCUCACAUGUCUCUACAGACCUUGACCUUGACGACUUCACCGGCUUCGAGGGUGGUGCGUCUACCACCUACUCGUCGCCAGCCAUGCCCUCGGUCUUCGAUGUCGGUCCUAGCACCCUGGGCACCGUGUCUCCUCAUGACCUUCUCAUUCAGGAGCCCUUCAUGUCUGCUCCCAACUCAACAGCUUUGACCGCCUUGACAUCGCCUUCGAUCUACAAUGAGUCUCCUGACUUUAACGACGGUUACGAUGUUUCCCCCAGUUUUGACUCGGGCGACUUCGGGUCGGCAGAUUUUGACACCACUGCUGGUGAUCCUUGGUUUCCCCUCUUUCCCCAGGAAUCUACCGCUGUCACAAAGGACGUCACCGGUAUCGAGGAGAUCCAGAAACUGCAGACUGAUCAGUCUCCCGCUCUCAAAGGCGAUGAUCUGGAGGUGGUCGAGUUCACUUCAACCUCGGGCCGCCGGAAGUCUGUCAACUCUUCCCCAACUAGUUCUGCCCGCCACUCUUCAGUCUCGGGCGUGAGCUCUCGUCGACGAGACAAACCGCUGCCUCCUAUCAUUGUUGAGGAUCCUAGUGAUACCACUGCUAUGAAGCGUGCCCGCAACACACUCGCUGCACGCAAGUCUCGCGAGCGUAAGGCCCAGCGGUUUGAAGAUUUGGAAGAGAAGAUUCGUAAGCUUGAAGAGGAGCGUGACCACUGGAAGAGCAUUGCCCUUGGUCGAUCCUGA